AUGCAAGAAAUAAUAAAAUUUUUAAAUGAAGGUAUUGCAAAAUCAGAUAAUGUUUUUAUAUUAUCAAGUGUAAAUAAAAGUGAUAGCGAUUUAGAAGAAAUGGUUUCAGAAGAUUUAUUAAAACAAUGUUCAAAAUGGAGUGUUGAAGAUUUUAAAAAAGCAGUUGAAGAAUUCAUUACAACCACUACAUUAAAAUCAUGUCAAAUUUUAAGUACAAUUAAUUCUGUUGUCAUUUUUAUGAUCUCAAAAAAAUUAAAAAUUAAUCAAUUAGAAGAAUGGGUUAAAAGUAAUAAUUACAUUUUAAGAGCAUUAUCAACUUGUUUAUUUAUUAAAUAUUAUAUGGAAAAUAAAGAUGAUAAAAAAGUAAUAGAAUUAUAUGAAACCUUAAUUACAUUAGAAUCAUCAGAUCAAGUUAAAUUCUUUGCCAUUCAAGCACUUUCAUCUUUAGAUAUUAUUAUAAAUUGGAGAUUCGAAUUAUUUGAAAUUUUAGUUAAUUAUUUGGAUUUAUAUAAAGAUUUAGAUUCAGGAGAUGGCCAUAUUGCAAUUAAAACAAUUAAAUUCUUUUUAUCAAGAGUUGGUUUAGUAUUAGGUACACAAAUUGAAGAGAAUGAUCAAGCAUUCAUUGAUCAAGCAUCAUCAGAGAAAACACCAUUUGAUUUAUUAUUAAAAGUUUCAUCAAUUGAAUUAAUGCAAAAAACCAAAGAGUCAUUAUCAGGUUUAGUUUCAUUAUCAUUGGGUAUUUUCAAUGGUCAACAAUUAUUAACCUCUGAAAAGAAACAGGAAUUAUCUUCACAUCUUUUAAAAAAUCUUGAAUAUCAAUUACCAAUGUUGGCUGAUAAAAAACAAAGAGCAACUUAUUUCAUGAGUAUUUGUUGUUAUUUAACUGACUCUGAUCAAGAACAAUAUUAUUUAAAAAAUAUUGAAAAAAUAACUAAUGCUGGUUGUGAAUCAUUAGAAAAGAAUGAAUCAACAUUUUUAUUACGUGAGAAUAAAGUUGUUGGAUUAUUUAUAAGAGAUAAUGUUGAAAAGAUUAUUGAAUAUUUGAAUAGAUUCAUAUUGGUAAAUGGUGGUGGUGGUGAUGAUGGCGUUGAUGAAGAGGAAGGUGAGAUUAAUAGUGAAUUCAUUUCUGUUUUCCAUUCAAUUUUAAAGAAUACCGAUUCAAAAUUAUUCAUUGAAAAGUUUUAUUCAAUCUUGGUUGAAUAUUUAAAUACAUGGAAGGAGGAACAUCUUACAUUGGAGGAGACUCAAGGUUUAUUUGAAAUCUAUCAAUCAUUACCAUCCGUUGAGAGUAAAGAACAGUGUAUCAAACUUUUAUCAUGCCAUGAAAGAGCAAUCUCGAAUGAUGUUAUCUAUUGUUUAGAAAGUGGUGAUUUGGAUGAUAUCUUAACACCAAUGGAAUUCUAUUUACAAUUGAUGACAUUGGCACCAAAAGAAUGUCAACAACAUUUCAUGUUUUCCAUUCAAAAUCAUCUUUCCUCUUAUUUCGUCAUCUUGUUUGAGGAUUCCAAAGAGGAGGGUCAAUAUGGUGGUCUUUACAAUGACUAUAAAGAUUCUGACAAAGAAACUAUCGAUAAACUCUUUGAUCAAUUCUUAUUAUUAAAAUCUCAAACUUGUACAACUAAAGACUCAAAGAGUUUAUUCUUUAAAGAAUUUGUUACUGUAGAAAGUAAAUAUUGUCCUCUUUUUAGAAAAUAUUUUGAUUUAAAUUAA